AUGGAUGUUCAAAUCCCAGAAACGCCACGCAAUGUCAUCGAGAGACUCAGACUUGAGCACAGUCCUGAUGGGCAUUCCAAAGUGUCCUCCAUCAUCAAAAACGCUCUCGAGAUAAUGGUGUUCUCCGAGCAUACUGAUGUCAACUUCGAUCGCAGAAUCUCAACUGAGCUCUAUGACACGUCGACCCACUUCUUGCUGGAGUUUCUCCAGAAUGCCGACGACAAUGAUUACGACCCAGCCGUGGUUCCUAGGUUACAGUUCACUUACGCCUCCGGCUUUCUCAGAGUAGAUUGCAACGAAGUCGGCUUCAACGCAAGCAACGUGGAGGCGAUCUGCAACAUUCGUAGCAGCACGAAAAGCGGCCAAGAUCACGUCGGACGUACCGGUGAGAAGGGCAUCGGCUUCAAAAGCGUGUUCAAAGUCGCCGACGUGGUCUGGAUCCGCUCUGGUGAGUUUGCUUUUAAGUUCGACAAAGCUCGGCCUUUUGGUAUUAUCGCUCCGGUGUGGGAAGAGUUUCCACAAUCUGUCCUGGAGAAUCACACGUCGUUUCUGCUCCAAUUGAAUGACAGGUGCGACAAGGUCGAGCUCAUCACCACCCUUCUCAACCUUGACCAGACCUGUCUCCUGUUCACCAGGCGCCUCAGGCACAUUACGGUCAGGGUCACCCAAGACAAUCAGACGGAAACUAAGGAGAUGAGACGACGUGUUGAGACUGAUGCCAACGGUCAGAUUACUGUACUUGAUGUUGGUGAUCAGGUCUUUACGUACAUCAUCACCAGGAGGCAGGUUGAGAAUCUCCCGCAUGAGCCCAAGCGACUUGGUUUGAAGACUUCAGAACUUGUCCUGGCUUUUCCCGCCCUGGAAGAUGCAACAAAUGCAACGUGGAGGAUCCAAAAUGUGCACAAUGUGCUACCAAUUGGCAAAUACGGUUUAAAGGUUUGA